GCCGACUCCCGCGCAGCAGAAGUCCAUGCAGUGCAGCAGCCGCUUCGCGAGCGAACGCCCGCAAUCAACGAGGCAGCCCGGAGGCUGAGGCUGCUUUUUAAACCGAUUAAAAUAGUUUAACUUCCACAUGUUUUAUCCCCUGUCAAUUGCAACUGAACGGAAAGUGUUUAUAUAAACUUUUAUAAAAAUUCUAAACUUAUCCCUCGGUUCGUUUUUGAAGGAUAUUUGAGGACGUUCUUUUUAAAAUUUGAUUUUUGCCUGAGGUGUAAGUCGCUGAAAUCAAGCUGUGUUUAGCAUCCCCCUCCCUCUCUCCCGUGGAGCACGGAGUGUUUGGUUGAGACGGGAGGGAGCCCAGCCCCGACUACAUUAUGUGGAUUCGGUGGCUGCUGAGGGUUUACGUGGGAUUUACAACGUUUUUAUACAUUGCGGUGCAGACAAGUGUAGGUGCGGCAGAGGAAGAUCCAGAUGCUGCGAGGCUCAACAACCAGAAGAAUACAAGCAGGUCACGAAGACUAGGAUCAAACCAGGAUGCACUGAAAGGGCCGAAUGUCUGUGGAUCACGUUUCCAUUCAUAUUGCUGCCCAGGAUGGAAAACGUUGCCGGGAGGAAAUCAAUGUAUUGUCCCAAUUUGCAGGAACUCGUGUGGCGAUGGGUUUUGUUCACGACCAAACAUCUGUACGUGCCCAAAUGGUCAGAUAGCACCCACCUGUGGUUCAAAAUCAAUCCAGCAGUGCAACAUUAGAUGCAUGAAUGGUGGCUCUUGUGCUGAGGAUCAUUGUAUGUGUCAGAAGGGGUUUAUUGGGACACACUGUGGACAGCCUACCUGUGAGAAAGGUUGUUUGAAUAACGGAAGAUGCGUCGCUCCCAAUCGUUGUGCAUGUACAUAUGGAUUUACAGGAGCACAAUGUGAAAGAGAUUACAGGACUGGACCAUGUUUCACAUCAGUAAACAACCAAAUGUGCCAAGGACAACUCACUGGCAUUGUCUGCACCAAAACCCUUUGCUGCGCAACAGUUGGACGAGCGUGGGGACAUCCCUGUGAGAUGUGCCCUGCCCAGCCACAACCAUGCCGCCGUGGCUUUAUUCCCAAUAUCCGAACUGGAGCUUGUCAAGAUGUGGAUGAAUGCCAAGCUAUCCCAGGGAGCUGUCAUGGGGGAAAUUGCAUAAAUACCGUGGGAUCCUUUGAAUGCAAAUGCCCAGCUGGACAUAGAUUUAGUGAAGAAACGCAAAAAUGUGAAGAUGUUGAUGAAUGCACUAUCAUUCCUGGUAUAUGUCGAGGAGGUAAAUGUUCCAAUACAGUUGGCAGUUACUAUUGUAAAUGUCAACAUGGAUAUCUACCCACUGCAGAUGGUUCAAGAUGCGUAGAUUCACGUGCUGGAAUUUGCUACUCCAGUCUGGUUAAUGGACGUUGUGCAAAUGAACUUCCAAGACCAUAUACCAAAUUGCAGUGUUGUUGUGACAGUGGUCGCUGUUGGUCAUCUGGUAGGAUUCCGGAAAUGUGUCCAAUGCGUGGAACUGAAGAAUAUGUUAAACUGUGCUUGGAUAUAACUUGGAAUGGUCGUGGAACGGAAUUUGUGCCUGAUGGUGGACCUAUCGGACCUGUCGGACCCCGCAGGCCUAAUGGGCCCUCAAUCGACCACGUGCCACGUAAUGGACAACCACAUGGUGGACCUGAUACACAUCCCUUGCCUUUUCGACCACUGGGUCCUUUCAGUUCUUUGAAUGUUACUGAUAUCUGUCAGACUGGAAAUCUCUGCUUCCAUGGACGUUGCAUUUCCCUUCCUGGACCCAGUUAUCGUUGCGAGUGCUAUAUAGGCUAUAAACUUGAUUCAAGAAGAGAAUGCAUUGAUGUAGAUGAGUGUAUAAGCAAUCCCUGUAUGCACGGGGACUGUGUGAACACACAAGGCUCUUACUUCUGCCGUUGUCAUACUGGCUUUCAGAGCACUGCAACUAAAAUUACUUGUAUGGAUAUUGAUGAAUGUGUUCAGAAUGGUCAGAUAUGUAACCACGGUCGUUGUGUGAAUACAGAAGGCAGUUUCCACUGUAUUUGUAAUGCUGGAUUUCAACUCACGUCAGAUGGGAAAAAUUGCAUGGACCAGGAUGAGUGCUCCCAGAGAAACAUGUGCAUGAACGGAAUGUGUAUCAAUGAAGAUGGUAGCUUCAAGUGCAUAUGCAAACCCGGCUUUGAGUUGGUAUCAAAUGGACGGGCAUGCAUUGACAUUGAUGAGUGCCACAUAACAGGAAUUUGCAUGAAUGGGCGAUGUGUCAACACAGACGGCUCCUAUAGAUGUGAAUGUCCUCCUGGCCUGGCCAUUGGACUUGAUGGGCGAGUCUGCGUUGAUACUCAUAUGAGAAGCACAUGCUAUGGUGGUUACAAAAAAGGGCAAUGUGAUCGACCAUUACCAGGAGCCUACACCAAGUCUCAGUGUUGCUGUUAUAGUACAGAUCAUGCCUUUGGAGAGCCUUGCCGACCUUGUGCAGCUGCAAAUUCUGCUGAAUAUGAUGCACUUUGCAGCAGUGGACCUGGUAUAACAAGUGAUGGGAAGGAUAUCAAUGAAUGUGAAAUGGAUCCUGAGAUUUGUCAAAAUGGAGUGUGCGAGAACAUUCGUAGCAGCUACCGAUGUGUAUGCAAUUCGGGUUAUGAAGUUGAUAUAUCUGGGAAAAAAUGUGUUGAUAUUGAUGAGUGCUUUGUUAAUAGAUUGUUAUGUGACAAUGGUCUCUGCAGAAAUACACCUGGGAGUUAUAAUUGUUUCUGUCCAGACGGAUAUGUUUUUAAACCUGAAUCUGAAACAUGUGAAGAUGUUAAUGAAUGUGAGACCAAUCCCUGCAUCAAUGGAGAUUGUAAGAAUGUGCCUGGAAGUUAUUCAUGUCAAUGUUUCCAAGGAAGUACUCUAGAUGCAUCAAGAACUCGAUGUAUAGAGACAGUUAAGGGGACCUGCUGGUUGCAACACAUCGGAGGAAAGUGUGAAAUAAACAUUAAUGGUGCCACACUAAAGUCACAGUGCUGCUCUACAUUGGGUGCUGCCUGGGGGAGUCCUUGUGAACCCUGCAAAAAAGAUAAUGCCUGCCCCAAAGGAUAUACAAGAACAAAUGGAACAAUCUGUGAAGAUGUUAAUGAAUGUAAAGUAUUCCCUGGAGUAUGCAUAAAUGCUGCUUGCGUGAAUACAGCUGGAUCAUUUCAGUGUACAUGUCCUAAUGGAAUGUCCUUGGACAGCAAUGGAAGGACAUGUGUUGAUAUUCGUUUGGAGCACUGCUAUUUGAAAUACGAUGAGGAUGAAUGUACAGCGUCUAUACCUGGAAGAUUUCGCAUGGAUGCUUGCUGCUGCUCUGUUGGUGCUGCUUGGGGGCCAGAUUGUGAAAAAUGUCCUGAGAAAGGAACAGGUCUCUACAAAACUCUUUGUCCACGAGGACCUGGAUUUUUCAGCAGAGAAACCAAUGGGAAGCCUUUUUUUAAAGAUAUCAAUGAAUGUAGGACAAUCCCAGGUCUCUGUACCAAUGGAAAGUGCAGAAACACCAUUGGGAGCUUCAGAUGCAAAUGUAAUAAUGGCUUUGCUCUUGAUUCAGAAGAAAGAAACUGUACAGAUAUCAAUGAAUGCCGCAUCUCUCCCGACCUAUGUGGCCCUGGAACUUGUGUUAACACUCCUGGAAGUUUUGAUUGUGAAUGCUUCGAAGGAUAUGAAAGUGGUUUUAUGAUGAUGAAGAAUUGCAUGGAUAUUAAUGAAUGUGAACUGAAUCCUCUUCUGUGUCGUGGAGGAACCUGUGAAAAUACAGAUGGAAGCUUCCGUUGUUCGUGUCCACAUGGCCAUGAAGUAUCUUUGGACGGGAUAUCAUGCAUAGAUGUAAAUGAAUGUGAAUUGAGUGACAACCUUUGUAAAAAUGGUCGUUGUGUCAACAUGAUUGGAAGGUAUCAAUGUGCCUGCAACAUGGGCUACCAAGCAACACCUGACAGACAAGGAUGUGUUGAUAUUGACGAAUGCACUAUAGCGAAUGGAGGAUGUGAGACUUACUGUACAAAUUCUGAUGGCAGUUAUGAAUGCAGCUGUACGAGUGGAUUUGCCUUGCUGCCAGACCAACGAUCUUGCACAGAUAUUGAUGAGUGUGAGGACAAUCCUGACAUAUGUGAUGGAGGCCAGUGCAUCAAUAUACCAGGAGAAUAUCAGUGUUUGUGCUAUGAUGGAUUUAUGGCAUCUGAGGAUAUGAAGACUUGUCUAGAUGUUAAUGAAUGUGAACUUAAUCCAAACGUAUGUCUUAGUGGCACCUGUGAGAACACUAAAGGAUCAUUCAUUUGUCACUGUGAACUGGGGUAUUCUGUGAAGAAAGGAACAACUGGCUGCACAGAUAUCAAUGAAUGUGAGAUUAGUGCACAUAAUUGCCAUACGUUUGCUGUAUGUACAAAUACACCAGGAAGCUUCAAAUGUGCAUGUGGAGAUGGCUGGUCUGGAAAUGGCAUCAAAUGUUCUGAUGUGGAUGAGUGUUCUAAUGGAACGCAUAAGUGCAGCCCUACUGCCGAAUGCGUAAACACAGAUGGGAGCUAUAGAUGUACGUGUAAAGAGGGUUACAGCGGCGAUGGUGUGUUUUGCUCCGACGUUGACGAAUGUGCUGAAAAUGUAAACUUUUGCGAGAAUGGCCAUUGCUUAAAUGCACCAGGAGGUUACCGUUGUGAAUGUGACAUGGGCUUCGUACCAUCUGUGGGUGGAAGAGCCUGUCAAGAUAUUGACGAAUGCUCAUUCUCUGACAUUUGUGUGUUUGGAAGAUGUCAGAAUCUUCCAGGACUCUUCAGAUGUGAAUGUGAUGUAGGUUAUGAGCUGGACAGGAGUGGUGGCAACUGCACAGAUGUAAAUGAAUGUGCGGAUCCAGUUAAUUGUAUUAAUGGAAUUUGUGUCAAUACCCCUGGAAGCUACGUCUGCAACUGUCCAUCUGAAUUUGAGCUGAAUCCUACUGGUGUGGGAUGUGUUGAUCAUCGUUUGGGCAAGUGUUUCUUGGAAUUUUUAUUACGUGGAGAUGACAGCCUUUCUUGUCAAAAUGAGAUUGGAGUGGGAGUUUCAAGAGCGUCUUGUUGUUGUUCUUUGGGCAGAGCCUGGGGUUUUCCAUGUGAGCUGUGCCCCCCUAUCAAUGCAACUGAAUACAAAACUCUUUGUCCUGGAGGAGAAGGUUUUAAACCCAACCCCAUCACAGUUAUAUUGGAGGAUAUUGAUGAAUGUAAAGAAUUACCUGGACUCUGUCAAGAAGGAACAUGUCUCAAUACUUUUGGAAGUUUCCAGUGUGAUUGUCCACGAGGUUUCUAUUUGAAUGAAGAAACCAGAGUAUGUGAAGACCUUAAUGAAUGCAUUAGUUCACCUGGUAUUUGCGGCCCUGGUACUUGUUUUAACACACUAGGAAACUAUACCUGUAUCUGCCCACCGGAUUACAUGCAGGUUAAUGGUGGAAACAACUGUAUGGACAUGAGAAAAAGCUUCUGCUUCAAAAAUUUCUACAGUGAAAAUGGCACAUGUGAUGGUGAACUGCCCUUCAAUAUGUCAAAAAAGCUGUGCUGCUGUGCAUACAACAUCGGGAAAGCCUGGAAUAGGCCUUGUGAACAGUGUCCCCUUCCUGUCACAAAUGAAUAUGUUCUUCUUUGUGGGAGUCAGAGACCAGGCUACAUUAUUGACAUUACAACAGGACAGCCAGUUGACAUUGAUGAAUGUCGAAUGAUUCCUGGUGUCUGUGCUAAUGGUGUAUGCAUUAACCAACUUGGAAGCUUCCGUUGCGAGUGUCCUAUGGGGUUUCAAUAUAAUGAUCAACUGAUUAGCUGUGAAGAUAUGGAUGAAUGCCAGAAUGGUCCAUUGUGUCAACAGAAUGCCGACUGCAUUAACACACCAGGCAGCUAUCGCUGUGAAUGUUCACCAGGUUACCGGCUCACUCCAACAGGACAUUGUCUAGAUCGUAAUGAAUGUCAUGAUAUCCCUAAUGUUUGUAGUCAUGGUCAAUGCAUUGACACAGUAGGGAGUUACCACUGUAUCUGCCGUAAUGGAUUCAAAGUAACUCCGGAUAAGACAAUGUGUAUGGAUACUGAUGAAUGUGAGCGACAGCCAUGCGGCAAUGGAACCUGUAAGAACACAGUUGGCUCAUAUAGCUGUGUGUGUUUCACUGGAUUCAUGAUUUCACAUAAUAAUGACUGCAUUGAUGUUGAUGAAUGCACUACUUUAAAUGGUGCUCUCUGCAGAAAUGGACAGUGCAUCAAUACGAUUGGAACAUUCCAAUGCCUGUGCCGUGAUGGCUAUGAACUUACACCUGCUAGAAGAAGUUGUGUUGAUGUCAAUGAAUGUUUGAUUGACCCUCGUCCUUGUGCACCAGGCACCUGUCAAAACUUGGAUGGCUCCUAUAGAUGUAUCUGUCCUCCUGGAUACUCACUGAUAGAUGAGAAGUGUAUUGAUAUUGAUGAAUGUUCAUCCGACCCCGGGUUAUGUGAAGCUGGCACAUGCAAAAAUACUGAAGGAAGCUACACAUGCCGUUGUGCUCAAGGAUCUGUACUGUCGCAAAAUUUAAGAAAAUGCAUUGAUGUGAGAGAGAGCUUUUGCUUCUCUAAAUUCGAGAAUGGUGUGUGCUCUGCACCCAAAUACAGAAACAUCACAAAAUUUACGUGUUGUUGCAGCUUCAUGCCAGGUGAAGGAUGGGGUGUACCUUGUGAGAUAUGCCCCAAAAAAUCAGAAGAUGCAUUUGAAAAACUGUGCCCCAGUGGCUUAGUGGGAAUUACAAUUGAUAGAGAUGGUGCACAAGUAGACACGGAUGAAUGUUCUAUAAACCCAGGAAUGUGUCAAAACGGGCAGUGCAUCAACACUGAUGGUUCCUUCCGCUGUGAAUGUCCAUUUGGUUUCAGUAUCGAUUAUAGUGGAAUCAAGUGCGUCGAUACCGAUGAAUGCUCUGUUGGUAAUCCCUGUGGCAAUGGAACAUGUACUAACGUUAUCGGAGGAUUUGAGUGUGCAUGUGAAGAAGGAUUUGAACCAGGACCCAUGAUGACUUGUGAAGAUAUAAAUGAAUGUGCACAAAAUCCUCUGCUUUGUGCAUUCCGUUGUGUUAAUACCAUAGGAGGAUAUGAAUGUAAAUGUCCUACUGGUUAUAUUCUCAGACAAGAUGGAAAGAUGUGUCGAGAUCAGGAUGAAUGUAAGGAGCAGCUGGAUGAUUGUGCAUCAAGAGGAAUGACUUGCAAGAACUUGAUUGGAACAUUCAUGUGUAUCUGCCCACCUGGAUUAGUGCGUCAGUUGGAUGGUGACGGGUGCACUGAUGAAAAUGAAUGUCGCACCAAACCUGGCAUUUGUGAGAAUGGACGGUGUAUGAAUACUCCAGGUAGUUAUAGGUGUGAUUGCACUGAAGGAUUCUCUGCCAGUGCCACACAGACAGAAUGUGUUGAUAACCGCAAAGGUUUUUGUUUUGGGGAAGUGCUACAGACCAUGUGUCAGAUGGCCUCCAGCAGCCGAAAUCUUGUUACAAAAUCAGAGUGCUGCUGUGAUGGUGGACGUGGCUGGGGGACACAGUGUGAAAUCUGUCCGUUUCCAGGAACGGGAUCCUUUAAGAAACUCUGUCCACUUGGACCUGGUUACACCACAGAUGGAAAAGAUAUUGAUGAAUGCCGAGUCCUUGCAAACACAUGCCAGAAUGGACAGUGCAUUAAUACUGUUGGGUCAUAUCGGUGUCUGUGCAAGACUGGAUACACCACAGGCCUCACUGGAACAUCCUGUGUGGAUCUUGAUGAAUGUGUACAAGCACCAAAACCCUGUAAUUUCAUCUGUAAGAACACAGAGGGGAGCUACCAGUGUUCAUGUCCUAGAGGAUACUUGCUGCAAGCAAAUGGGAAAAGUUGUAAAGAUCUGGAUGAAUGCGCUACAAAGCAGCACAAUUGUCAGUUUCUUUGUGUCAAUACAAUUGGUGGAUUUACUUGUAAGUGCCCUCCUGGAUUCACACAGCAUCAUACAGCAUGUAUUGAUAACAAUGAAUGUAUCGCUGAAACAAAUAUGUGUGGAUCUAAAGGAGUAUGCCAGAAUACUCCAGGCAGCUUUCAAUGUGAAUGCCAACGUGGAUAUUUACUGGAUCAAUCUGGCCAUGGCUGUGAAGAUGUUGAUGAAUGUGAGGGAAGCCAUCGUUGCCAACACGGCUGUCAGAAUUUGAACGGCGGAUAUCGAUGCAGUUGUCCACAUGGUUACCUACAGCACUACCAAUGGAAUCAGUGUGUUGAUGAAAAUGAAUGCACAAAUUCUCAGGUUUGUGGAGGAGCUUCAUGCCAUAAUACUUUGGGAAGUUUCAAGUGCCUUUGUCCAUCAGGAUUCUCCUUUGAGCAGAUGUCUGGGUCUUGUCAUGACGUAAACGAGUGUUCGUCUUCCAAAAAUCCAUGCAACUAUGGCUGCUCAAACACUGAUGGCGGUUACUCAUGUGGCUGCCCACCCGGAUAUUAUAGAGUUGGCCAAGGGCACUGUGUUUCGGGAGUAGGAUUCGGCAGAGGUCAUAUGCUCCCAAUAGGAGGUGACACAGAAGACAAUAGUCUAUCACCUGAGGUGUGUUAUGAAUGCAAAAUUAAUGGCUACCCGAAAGGAAGACAUCGAAGAGCAACAAACGAAAAAGGAACCAUGACUUCAAAUGAUGCAGAGGAGAAAAAUGAAGCCACUUUGCCAAUGAGCUUUGCAAGUUUGAGCACAGAAAAUCAGCUUAUCUUCAAUUUAAAUAUUUCUGAUCUCAGCAGUAAAGACCACAUCCUACAGUUUAUCCCAGCAAUUUCUACGUUGACAAAUCAUGUACGUUACUUGAUUGACAUUGGUAAUGAGAAAGGUUUCUUCAAAAUUAAUCAAAAAGAUGGUACAAGUUAUCUGCAUUUGACCAAGAAGAAGCCAGAAUCAGGAGUAUACUCAUUAGAAAUAAGCAGUAUUCCCCUUUUUAAAAAGAAGGAACUUGAUCGUCUUGAAGACAAGUAUGAUAAAGACUACCUCACUGGUGAGCUUGGUGAAAUUCUCCAAAUGAAAAUUCAGAUUGUGCUUCAUUAAUACACAACAGAAGGUCAAACUGCUUCAGCCAAAAGAUGGAUCAUUUUAUUGCCAAACAGAUUCGACAUAUCAUGGAUACAAUCUCUUAUUAACUGUAACAUGUCUGAGCACUGCUUACUUCUAAUGUUAGAAAAGUAAAGUCGUGGAUACAUACCAUAGCUCUAAACCACUUACUCGAGCUUUGUAUAAAUGCUGCACUGCUAUUUCAAUAUGACUAGCUUCAUACGUUGUAUAAUGAUAUGUUGAAUCUUUUAAAAAAAAAAAAAUCACACACACACUUGGACCAUUCAAUCCACUUGUUGGACCACUGAUGCUGAGAAUUUACAAUUUCUUUUAAGCAGAGCCGUAACAUUACUCUGCAGUAAAGAACACGUCAUAUUUUUGAUCUUUUAAAUUUACUUUUCAAUUUACAUUACACUAGAUCAAACAUUUAUAUAUGUACCUGGUGCUAGUAACAUGUCAACCUAGAUUGUGACUGCACUGUAAUAUUUUACAAACUUGGUAGCCAAAAAUGCAAUUAUUCAGUCUUAAGUAUUACCAGAUUUUUUUCCAUUACGUUACAAAGAACCAAAGUUAGUUCAGUAGCUUAUCUCAGUUAUGCAUUUUUCACUCAUGUAAAUUAAGUGUGUGUAUACUGCAGCCAUGCUACUUUUUUAUCAUGGAAACUUUUGUAUACCAGAAUUCUCAUUUUGUGUGUGUACGUGUGUCUGUUUGUCUAUGUCUGUGUGUGUGUGUGUGUGUGUUUUCAUUCCAACCCUGAGUUGAGGGUGUUGUAAUGGUGCUUUAAGAACAACUACUUUUGAAAAUUAGAUGCAAUAUCCCUCUGUGAGUAAUAAAAUGCACAUUGAGGACUUAAUGAACAAGAACUAAUCAGGUCGUAGGAUUAAUAGCACUCAAAAGCUAGACAAUCAAACUGUCAAACACAGUCUCCUGUAAAAUGACACGAUAGUACCAGUAUUUUUAUGCAGUUCACCAUCAGCAAGUGUUUAGAUCUUCAAUGUCAGUAAUUCCACAAUAAAACAGUAUUUUCAGUUUUAAUACCUCAGUGUUAACUGUGAUGAUUCAUGUGGAUCAGAACUAAUUUUCCUGACUCCGCAUGCCUCUUUUUGAUAUGCUUCUCAGUGAUAGCCCAUCUUACCAGUAUCUUUGGGAAUGUAAUUCCUCCUUUGUGAUUUUUCCAGCAGACAGGCCUUACAUAAGUACAGAUUUCUGAGCUGGAAUAAAGAUGGAGCAAGAAACAUGUUCACAAGUUCAAAGAAAUGCCUCACAAUUUGCCAUAGGAAUAUUUCUUUGCAUUCUUUAUUCAUUUGUUUCUCAAAAUCUGCAAUGACGCAUGACACACAGUACUGGAGUAACUCAGCUGGUCAGGUAGCAUCUUUGGAGAUGUUUUAGGUUGGGAUCCCGAGUUACUUCAGCAAUUGAGUCUUUUUUGUAAGCCAGCAUCUGCAAUUCCUUGUUUCUGCAAUGAAAUAUGCUCAGUUUUCAUUUCACAGUACAGUAUACACAAUAUGUUGGACACCAAACACAACAAAUCAUAGUGGAAUUUGUUUGCUAUUUCUACCAAAAUGGUGUUUUGAGAUAAUUAAUACAAUUUUACUGUAAAAAUUGAUUUGUUCAAUAUGUUGCUACCAAAAAACAAUAAUCAGAAGAAAUCUUUCCCAACAGUAUCUUUGACAUUUUCAUAGACUCAAAUGGUGUAAAUGAGACUUUAGUUUCUCCAGUUCAUACGUCCUUUUUUACAGCCAGUGACCAGGCAACUGUGUCAACACUUGUCUAUCCAUACGGUAGCGUUCUGUGCAGAUUAGGGACUGAGUCACAUCUACAUGUAAUUUAUUGACCACUAGGAAUACACUUGGACAAUAAAUUAUAGAAUAUAUGUGUUUUCAUAGUACCUAAAUGCAGUACAAUAUUCAAAACUUACUUGCUGUAACAUAAUUAUUUAAAGUUUCUUCCUUGAACAGGGACCUGACCAAUUUCCCUCUACUAACACUCCUCAGCCUCGCGGAACUUGGCCUCACUCUCAGCAACUUUUCUUUUGACUCCUCUCACGUUCUACAGUUAAAGGUGUAGCAUGGGCCCCAACUAUGCCUGCCGUUUUGUCGGUUACGUCGAACCGUCCUUGUUCCAGUCGUACACUGGCCCUAUCCCCCCCCCCAAACUCAUUCUCUGCUAUAUCAAGGGCUACAUCGGGGCUGCCUCCUGCACCCAUGAAGAACUCAUGGACUUCAUUAACUUCACCACUAACCUCCACUCUCCCCUCAAAUUCACCAGAACUAUCUCUGACACCACUAUCCUCUUUUUUGAUCUCCCUGUCUCCAUUAUAGGGACAGGGACAGACUAUCCUAUCGACUGAUAGUCUACUACAAACACCGACUAACUCCCAUAAUUAUCUGGACUACACUUCCUCCCGCCCUGCCUCUUACAAAGAUGCUUUCCCCUACUUUCAAUUCCUCCAUCUCUGUCACAUCUGCUCCCAAGGUGAGACUUCUCAUAUGAGGGCAUCCGAGAAUAAUUUUCUUUAAUGAAUGUGGUUUCUUCCUGGCGGUCAUAGAUAGAUCCCUCACCCUCGUCUCUUCUGUGUCCCGGAGUUCUGCUCUCACUACCUCUCCCCCCAGAUGCAACAAGGACAGAGUUUUAUUGGUCCUCGCCUUUCACCACACCAAUCUCGCAUCCAACACAUCCUCUGACAUUUCCAUCACCACUAACGUGAUCCCACCACUAAUCACCACUCCUUUCCACUUUCUGCUCCAUCCACUGCUCGUUGGUUCACUCAUCCCUUCGCAUCCAAAUCCCCACUACCGUGGAACUUUCCCCUGCAACUGCAGGAGAUAGAUUAAUAGAGUGAUACAGUGUGAAAACAGGCCCAACUUGCCCACACCGGCCAACAUGUCCCAGCUCCACUAGUCUCACCUGCCUGCGUUUGGUCCAUAUCCCUCCAAACAGAUGUAGCAUCUGUCUUUAUACCUUCUUCCUCACCUCCAUCCAUGGACCACGACAGUCCUUCCAGGUUAGACAGAGGUUCACGUGCAUCUCCUCUAACCAAUGUGGGCUCCUGUGCAUCGCUGUGACCAAACGUAGACUCGGCGACUGUUUCUCUGAACACUUGUGCUCGGUCCACCAAGGCCUACUGGAUCUCCAGUUUGCAAACCACUUUAAAUCCUCUUCCCAUUCCAAUAUUGACAUUUCUGUCCUGGACCCCCUCCAUUGCCAAGGUAAGGCCAAACGCAAACUGGAUGAACAGCACUUCAUAUUCCACCUGGGUAGCUUACAACACUACAGUAUGAACAUUGAAUUAUGCAGGUAAACUACAAACACUUUCCUUCCUCCCUUCCCUCCACCAAAGACAGUUAACUAGCUUCACAGUAUGCAACUAUGAAUCCCUCUUGGGAUCAUACCUAUUUCUGUAUCUAGCCUUUGUCCAACAAUCUGCUUCUCUGGGAACCCCCUCGCCUGAGAUCAUCUGUGAAUGACUGGCCAUGAUUUGUCUUGCCUUUUUCAUUUCUAACUUUCUUUUCUCCAAUCCCCCUACUACAAUCCAUCAGAAAAAGGGUCUCGAAACGUCACCUAUCCAUUUUCUCCAGUGAUGCUGCCUUAUCUGCUAAAUUACUCCAGCAUUUUGUGUCUAUCAUUAUUAUUUAAAAUUUGAUACGGUGUAAUUAUUCCCAUAAACUUGAUCAAUGAAGAGCAUCCUAAAGGAGGAGAGGGAGAGUGAGAGAUGUAGAGAUUAAGAAAAAUGAUAUUGGAGGAUUUGACCACCUACUUUGUUCAUUGGUAAAUUUACAUGAAUGUAUACAGUUACUACAACUCCUUCGGUCUGCUUAUGUUAGGUCUGUGUUAGCCGUAGCAGUCUUCUAUUUAGUAAUUUUCCAGAUGAUUUGCUGUUAAUGGUAUUAUAUUCCCUUUAAGUAAGAAAGCUGUGUUAAAAUAACAAAUGUCACAUUCUAUUUUAGAGAGCUUAUUUUGAAUUGAGAGGAUAGAAAGCUACUGCAUUUCUGGAUUAAUAUUCGGGCACACACUUAGCAGUGCAAUAUUCAGAUUUAUCCAACAACAAACAGGUAUUUAUGUCUGGUAUAUUAAUCUCAAAUGGAUAUCUUAGUGGAAAGAAUUACCUCCCUCAUUGUUGCAAUUUGUUGAGGGAACCAAUAGCUUUAGGUAUAUGAUUAAAAAAAUAAUGUAAAUAUGUACAUAACCUCAAAUUGCUUUACUGCCAAUGAAUUGGAAGUAUAAUCACUGAUGAUUCUGGUCUGAAGAAGGGUCUCAACGAAAUGUCACCCAUUCCUUUUCUCCAGAGAUCCUGCCUGUCCCGCUGAGUUACUCCAGCAUUUUGUGUCUAUCACUGAUGUAAUGUAGGAAAUAAAGCAGGCAAUUUGUGCACAGC